AGACUUCCAUCUCAUUUGAGAUACACACCAAACCCUUUGGUCUUGCAUAACAUUCAAUUCUCUCUACGACCCUCAUUCACCAGCCAUGUCAAGAGCGACCACUCUCUUCCUCAUGCUAUCCCUCCUCCUCCUCUCUCCCCUCCUCUCGUUGGCUCGGCCAGAACCCGCCACCACCACCACCACAAGAACACCAAGCAAGGGUGUUGAGGUUGAAGAAGUGUGUGAAGGAAUAGGUGAAGAAGAGUGUUUGAUGAGAAGGACCCUUGUUGCACACCUUGAUUAUAUUUAUACUCAGAAGAAAAAUCCAUGAGAAAAGAGUUGGGGGUGUUUGGUGUUGCGUUUUCAAAAUAGAUUAUACAUUUUCAAAAUAGAUUUUGCGUUUUCAAAACUGCGUUUUGAAAAAGCAUGUAGGUACAUCCUUCUCCAAAACUGCGUUUUUGAUGCUGAUAAUCACUUUUUCAUCCAAACACUUUUUUAGAUUAUUUAUGUUUUACAAACGCAAUAAUCAAAUAAUCACUUCAAAACGUAAUCCCAAACACCCCUAUUUCAAUUACUAUUAUUCGUGUAGACUACGUAUGUAUGUAUGGAUGUACAUUUCUAUGCACUUUGUUAACUUAUGGAAGCUUCUCUUGUAUUAUUUUAAAGGGCUUCAUGUUUUGGAAACGAGCUUUACAUGCUUUGUAAACUUGUUAUGAUUAAUAAAUUAAGGGUUAUUAGAUUA